AUGACGCAUCUUUACGCGCGAAAGAAGGUUCAGAUCGACCAUGAUGAAGAAACAGAUACCCCUGAUCGACCAAGUCACCCAUCCCCGUCAUCGCGCUUGACACCCUCCAAGAGCAAGGAUAGGGGACGGAAAGGAUCUAGCGAGCUUGGAUGGGCAUUAGUGGCCGUGGUCGGUUUCAUCUUUCUCGGUUUAUUUCUUGGCUAUGUCCUUUUGCACAAUCAGCAUCGUACCGUAAUUUCACAUGUGUUGAAGGAUCCGUGGGGACACGGAGGGGGUGUUCUGCGAGGCCGCGCAGGCUUUCGACAUCAUUUUUACACCGGUUCUCCCCGUUACGUGACCGUCGUGAUGCCCUCGGUGGUGAAUCAAAAGGGACGAAUGGAUCGCUUAGAAGCGAUACAAGAUACCUGGGGGCCGGGGGCGAGAUCAAUUUUUGUUGUUCACAACAUUUCCGAGUUUCCCCAGGCCUCACAUGCGGUCGUGUCAGAAGAGUCUCUACCGGAGGAUCCUUACGCAUACCCACAAUUACUCCUAGUGCCGCCAGGAAUUGGUUUCAAUGAUGGACUGCCCAGGCUAUAUCAUACAAUUCGGACGGUCUUUGAGAAAGUGGACCCAGAUUUUGCGUUUUUCGUGAAUGAUCACACCUUCGUUAUUCCGGAACAUCUCUGUAAGUAUUUGAAGGAUCGUAGUCCGAACGAAGAUCUAUAUGCUGGGCACGCCAUGAAAAAUGGAAAGCUAGUGUUUAACUCUGGCGCAGCUGGUUACGUACUGUCUCGAAGUACUAUGCGAAAAAUGAUGAACACAUGGGAUGAACGCGAUCCCGAUUGUUGGGUGGAUCCAGAAGCCGCCACUUCUUGGUUACAGGGCAAUCCUGGAUUGGCAACCGUGCAGUGCUUAGAAAUAAGUGGCAUCGUUUUCACGCAUUUCCUUUGA